CCAUAGUGACUAAACGAAAAAGCUUUUAUACCAUAGGGACUAAAUCUGCAAUACAUCAAAAGUUUAAUUUAGGGAAAUUUUGAACAGAUAUUAAAUAGAUGCAAAAAUUGGGUGUUGGUUGCUGAGGGUUCAUUUAGAUCCCGUAAAGGCUCCUUGUCCAGACACAAGAAGUAUAAAGAUCCUUCUCCAUUGUGCAACGAAAUCUAACUGGACUGGAAUUUUCUCUAGAACAUUCAGCAAAAAUAUCUGCAACGCUCUUCUUUUCAGACUUCCAAUCACCGGAACCAACCACUAUGCAAGUCUCCGGCGGCGUAUUUAGCGAUGUAACCGCCGUCUUCUAUCCGUCUUCUACACCUCCUUGUUGUGCUAGGUCGAUUGAGUUCCGACAUGUCCAUGCUUUUUCUGAAUCUAAGUUUCUUCCGUCUAUCGGCUUUCUUAAAAGCUCUCCGUUCCCCAUGUCGAGAGUUGGAGGCGAAUCAUACCGAGCAAGGAGUUGUAUAGCAAAAGCUUCAGGUGGUUCAGGUAAUGGUUUGGUUCCAGUAGCGCCACUUCAGCUUGAGUCUCCAGUUGGCCAGCUCCUGGAACAAAUUUUGCAAACCCAUCCACAUCUGCUCCCUGCAGCCAUCGAUCAACAACUUGAGAAUCUUCAGAAUGAGAGAGAUGCUCAAAAAGAAGAAUCUGCUCCUCCAUCUAUGGAUCUAAGCCUUUACAAGAGAAUAGCUGAAGUGAAAGAAAAGGAUAGGCAGAAGGUAUUGGAAGAAAUAAUGUACUGCUGGAUUGUUCAGAAAUUCGUUGACAAAGAAAUCUCAAUGAUCCCAAAAGUAUCAGCAACCUCCGAUCCCGCUGGAAGGAUUGAUUAUUGGCCUAACCAAGAAAUGAAGCUAGAAUCGGUCCACUCUGCUGAAGCACUCGAAAUGAUCCAGAACCAUGUAGCUCUCGUACUCGGGGACCGCCUCGUGGGCCCCUUAGAGUCCACCGUCCAGAUCAGCAAAAUAAAACUUGGAAAACUGUAUGCUGCAUCCAUCAUGUAUGGAUAUUUCUUGAAAAGGGUUGAUGAAAGAUUUCAACUUGAGAGAUCCAUGAACACACUUCCUGAAGGUUAUAAAGAACAGCAAUCAAGCUAUUCAGAACCACCGGUCCCACAAAGCCCGUUUUGGGAUCCGGAUUCGUUAAUACGGAUCCAACCAGAUUAUGACGAAGAGGAGAGCUUCAUGAGUUCUUCUGGCGAUGAUGGUAAAUCAUAUAGAUUAAGAUCAUACGUGAUGUAUUUGGACGCGGAGACACUUCAGCGAUACGCAACGAUAAGAUCAAAGGAAGCAAUCUCUUUGAUAGAAAAGCAGACUCAGGCUCUGUUUGGAAGGCCAGAUAUCAAGAUAUCUGAUGAUGGUUCGUUAGGUGCAUCCAACGACGAAGUGGUUUCCGUUACGUUUUCUGGAUUGACGAUGCUGGUACUUGAGGCGGUCGCUUUUGGAUCGUUUUUGUGGGAUGCAGAAAAUUACACAGAAUCUAAGUACCAAUUUUUGAAAAGCUAAGAAAUUCAAGUAUUAAAGCAUAUAGAAACCUGCUAUAUGAUGUCUGAAUUGUGCCUUUCAUUGUAAGAAAACCUUCAAAAUAUUUGAUCCGCACCACCUCACAAGUGCGGGAUUCAGGC